AUCCCAAUCAACAAAUUUAAUAUUAAUUUAUUUGCAUGUUUGUCAAAUAUUAUUUGAUUUUUCUGGUAAAAGAGCACCCUUUGUUUUUUUGGCUGAACAUAAUCUAGAGCUGGAUCAAAUAAAACUUUGUUUUCUGAUCAAACAAGGUUCGUGUCUAAAAAGCUUCCGAUUGAAUUAGCUAUCAGACAGUAGAGAAUGACUUUCGCUAAUUGGGAAUCGCGCUUUUAGUCAAAAAGAAAAACGACUGCGGCCUCUUUCUUCUUUCGCUACAGACGAUAAUGAUAACGAGAAUAACCUAAACCAGAAUCAAACUCCGUGUUUCCAAUCACUUCAAUAGAAACCGUUUUUCAAAUUUCUCAUCGUGCCGAAUGUAUGUUUGGUAGGAUUAGGAGAGUGUUUUCUUCAAGGGAUAGUGAACCUUUUAUAAACAAACCGUAGUGCGUUGUGUCGCAGAAAGGUUGCUAGUGGGGUAGGCGGCGACGAAAGGUGCAAGAAAGAAAGUCAUGUAUCCGGAUCGUCGACUGUACCUUGUGGUGCUGUACGUAUUCGCGAUACAGCUCCGGUUGUCCAUAGGAGGUAAUCCGCGCGAUAGCGCCCAGGUCAGUGCCCGGAACAAUGCCACCAAUAGCACUAGUGCGAAAAACAGUAGCAUCAACAUUGCCUGUCGGGAGGAUGUGCUCGAUCAGUGUCCCCCGAAUGCAUCAUGUGAUAGGGGUCAGUGUGUUUGUCUAUUCGGCUAUAAGCUGAACCCCGCUUAUCACGGGAAGACCACUGCCAACAGCCUGUCUCCUACGCCAGUUCCGAGUACCAAUGUUGCCUACACCACGUACUGUCUGCCGGAUGAUAGCACAAAGGCAACUUCCUUCCACGGAGGAUUCAGUAGUGAGAGCAGUAAAUCACCGGGAGAAGAAGGUAUUACGAGAGGAGAAGGUGAAAAUAUGGGGCAGCUUCCUUUGCGGAAACCGGUCGAAGCACAUCACAUCCUCGGUGGCGUGCUGAUUCCUCUCGCCUUUGUAGUGAUACUUGUUGGCAGCGCAAUCUUGGCGAAACGUUUGGAUCUCUGGUCCCGACUGCGGCAGCGGUUUAUUGCGCACCGAAAUCGUCACCGCCGGAGACCGGCUUACGAAGACGUGGUUCUAGGUAAUGAUUCCGAUGAUCCGCCUUUGAUCUAAAACGAAAGCAACCGAAUCCAACCACCAACCAGCAUCUGCUCUUCUUUUUCUUCUCUGUCCUAUCUUCCUCUGCCCCGCAAAUCCCCAUUUGCACGCACUAGUCACUACGUCAGUAGAGCACUACCGUUGAGGUCGUAUUUCGGUGCUAGCAUGUCAAUCUAGAGUGUAGCUGCUGAUCAAUGUGCUUGUUGGUAUAUUCUGUUCAGAGUAGAUCUCUGAUUCUAUCCUCAAAAGUUAGCUGAUUCCUUCCUUCCAUGUCCGAUAUCCCUGAUAAGGUCAAGCAUACCACCUUUUAAUACCACAUUCUUAGUCUCAUAAUCAUCAUGCGUAACCGAAAUAUAUAUCUCUCUCUAUCUCUCUUUCUCUCUCACUCUCAUACUUUGUUCUCUUCUUUCUCUGUUCCAAAAUAUUCCCUUUCGUUACUAACAACCCCAAACAACCAAUCAUCCAAAACAACGACCGACAACGACGAUUGUGCAGUAGGCUUUGAGCCACAGACGGGCAGGCUUUGAGAACGCCAAAGAGAACUUUACCAUAUGGAAGGGUGUGAGUUUAAAUAGAUGUGCUUGUUUGUAACCGCCCUUGAUCGCGAACUUCCUCCAACCUACGUUCCUUACCGAGAAGAGCGUUCCAUACGCCGGUAGUGUACGAAGAAAAUAGGUCUUAAGUCCAAGUUAUUAAGCCACAAAUCAUCCAAAUCAGUCGCGCAGAAAAUAACGUAAGCUAACUAGUGAUAAGCGAACAGGGGAAGCAAGAUAAUCGAUAAAGAAGGUACGUUGAUAUGGUUGUUAAGAAAUGCACAGGAGGCUGGUAUGAUAGAAUCAUGCCAAAAGAUCCGUAUUCUUUUUGGAGCGAAUUAGAAAUUAAGAGGUACACUGAGGAUUAAUUGUGAUCCUGAGAUAUUUGAAGCGAAUUCGCUGCAAAAGCACAAAACAAAUGCCUCAAGCGAGAUUAGGUAGCGUAAGGUGUUGAAUACAAACAUACAUUCAAACACACAAUAAAACAUAACACGGGACUGGGCAAAGAAAUGCACGUAAGAAUUUAGAGAAUGAAACGAUCAAAUACUAUAGAAGACCGGAAAAGUGUGAGAGACUAGUGUUAACUGCGUCUGCUCGACUCCUGUGUCUGACUUCCAGCAUCAAUCGGAGGCCAUUUGAAACAGAGAUUUUUUCCCUUCCAGGAAAACAUAAAAUAACAAAAAAACAAUAAUAUAGGUCAUAGAUGAAAGGGUUUGCGUACGUGGAUAAAGGAUCUAGUUGUGUAAGUUUUCGUACAUAGGUUCCUUUUAACAGCGUUACAUACAUACAAAGCUAUCGUAUGAGAUUAAGAUGAAGCAUUGAUGUGUACAGAAACAGAACACGAUUUACUAAAUGAUGCAUUUCAGGAAGCAUAUCACUGUAUUUGGGGAAAAGGACUAGUAAAAAUGGAAAUGAGAGGAAUUGUAUUAACAGAAGUUUGGAUGAACAUCAUUUCUAGUAACCAGCUGUCCAUGGUUUCUUCCUUUUCCCCGCGCAUUUCCAUAUCAUUGUAGUAUUUUUUUACAUUUUAUUUUAUUUCGAUUUUACCUUUACUUGUGUCUCCAUCUACUUAUCCAUUGCAUUGAGCCAUCAUUUUCGUCAUACCAAAAAUAUGUAUUCUGUGAUAAAUUUCAAUAAAUGUCUAUAUUUUUAAGAAGGAAACAUA